GAGACAAAAACAGAGAGGCACCCCGGUGGUGAGAGCAGAGAAGAGGGCGGCCCGUUAGCGAGAGUAAGGGAUCUGUCUGAGAAAGGUGGCCAGCUAUCGUCAACACAGCCCGAGAGUGAAGUCACCUGCAGCGGAUAGACAGGCGAGCAGUGACCGCCUCCCUACCCCGGAGCCAUGGUGAAGAUCAGUUUCCAGGCUGUCUCGGGACAGAAAGUGGAAAAAGAGAGCGAUGGCGACAAGACCGAGAUCCUCAUUCCUCAUCCGAUGGAUGAGGAGGAGCUGGUCCUGCCCCUGCGGCCCAAGAAGUCUCCUCUCAAUGGCCUGUGCUGCCUGACGUUUGGUCUGGUGGUCUUCAUGGCUGGUCUGGUUUUAGCCUCCAUCUUUGUCUACCGCUACUACUUCAUACCUCAUAUCCCAGAGGAGAACUUGUUCCACUGCAGGGUGCUGUAUGAAGACUCUGUGUAUGCUCCGCUGCGUGGCCGUCAGGAGCUGGAGGAGAAUGUCGGGAUCUACCUGGCCGACAACUACGAGAAGAUCACUGUGCCCGUGCCUCAUUUUGGAGGAAGUGACCCUGCUGAUAUAAUCCAUGAUUUCCACAGAGGACUGACUGCAUACCAUGACAUUGCUCUGGACAAGUGCUACGUUAUCGAGCUCAACACCACCAUUGUGAUGCCUCCGCGCAACCUCUGGGAGCUGCUUAUCAAUGUCAAGAAGGGUACAUACUUGCCUCAGACCUACAUCAUCCAUGAAGAGAUGGUGGUGACCGGCAAAGUGCACAACAUGCGUCAGCUGGGACCUUUCAUCUAUCGCCUGUGCAACGGGAAGGACACGUACCGCCUGAACCGCCGCGUCACCCGCAGGCGCAUCAACAAGCGUGACACGAAGGACUGCCACCACAUCCGCCACUUUGAGAAUACAUUUGUGGUGGAGACGGUUAUCUGCGAUGAAGCGUAAACGCGACUGUCAUCUGUGAGAUUCCCGCCCACCCAAAGGCACAUCACCAGUCAUGUCUCCAGCCACUGUAGCACCCUCCUGUGGAUCUGAUCAUGUCUGAGUUGCACUUUACUUGUUUUUGUUUUGUUUUUAAUUUUAUUUCAGUACCUCCCCUUUAUUCUGUUUCGAAUUAGGUAAUAUUUACCCUAAAGUGUGAUGCAAUACUAAGCUGCUGGUUAUGUCACAGGAUUUUCCAUGUAGCAAAGGCCUUAAGCCAAUAAUAAUGAUUUCAAGACAUGUCCUCUUCCUCUUUGGGGAUUUGUAUGAUGGUUACCGUUGCCGGGGGAGACGACUUUCUCCCCAUGUUGUUUUGUUCUGCUCCCCUUGAGGUUACGUUGUUUUCCUUAGUUAUCUACACAAAGCAUGAGGUAUUGCCUUCCUGAGCAAACAUGGAUUCUUUUUUUUUUUUUUUUUUUUUUCUCAUGUUCUGUGUAACGUAACUGUUGAUGACUAGUAGCUUGCUUGCAUCUUUAGCCUCUUGCUUGCCUGUUGCUUCCUCGCUUCUGCCUUCACCCUGUUAAAAAGCACUAUCACACAGUAGACUUUAGACAAGGCUGCAUCGGGCAUUACACUUACUAUUUUUCUUCUUUGGGAAUAAUAUUCCGCCACUGAAACACAUGGACCGAUAUUUCUUUUUGACCUCUAAUUUGUCACACUUUUUUUUUUUUUUUUUUUUUUCCCCUCGUCCUCACUACUUUUCUGAAUCGUUUUAGACUAACCUUUGUUUUCCCUUGCAUGUGUUUAUGUAUAAGAGAAACAGCACUCUUAGAAUGUUUUGUAAAACCACGUUUAAAGCCUUAGUCCAGAGUCAGAGACUGGACUAAAGUCAAAACAAGUGAAAGGGAGCAUAUUAUAUGUUAGAUGAACAAAACCAACUGUGAUCUGUAUAUUUUGUCUGCCAAUGAAAUCUGUCUGUGAAUAAAGUAGUAAAAAAAA